AUGGUGCAUUCGAAAAAAUCAUGUAAAUCGAUUGAAACCAAGAGAAAUAAAUCUUGGCCAUACUAUCAGUAUUAUGUGGGCGAAAAAGAUCUAGGCAACAGAAGAAGUGGUUAUGGUGUAAAUACCUGGAGUGGGGCUGAGUCCCUAGAAUGCUAUGAUGGGAGCUUUACCUGUGACACGAUGCACGGUACCGGAGAGUACCGUUGGAAAUUCCACGGUGAAGAUGGGAAGCCUUGCACUUAUGAAGGGCACUUUUAUAAUAAUUGCAUGCACGGCUAUGGACUUAUUUCAUUCCCAGAUGGAAGAACUUUCCGGGGAUUAUUUAAUAAUAAUAAGAGAUGGGGCCCUGGUAUCCAGUCGCAUUCAUCAUUACGUGAUGAUGUCGGUAUCUGGAAAGGUACUCAAUUGAUAAGACUGGCCUGGCGGCCACAAGCGCCCGCUGUAGUGCCUGACUUCACGUCUAAUAAUAUUGGACGGAUGGUCGUCGAAGGACAUAGGAGAUUGUUCACAAAUGCUUUGAGACAUAUAGGAGCAACAAAUAGUGCGCUAGAUCUUUUGAAAAAUUGUGGCACGGAUCCUCGUCUUGCUGUACAAGAAUGGAAAAAACUUUAUCCAAAGCGUUGUACGGACCUUGCCAGUCCGCUCUGCCGGGUUGAGAUAUUCGAUCGUAAUUAUUACAAGGAUCGUAUUGAGUCUUUGGAGGAAAUUCAUAAAACUGAUCCUCAAGACAGUCAGGAAACGUUUCAAAAAGUCACAUAUUAUGCUUGGAACAAUAACAGUAUGAUAAUUAACAUGAUGAAACAUUGCUAUGAGCAUGAAAUACAAAGAGAUAAUUAUGAAAUUGAUUUAAAUACCAUUUUAUCUGGGCCACGAAAACUUUUCAAAAUGGCUGGCGCCCAUGAAGCAGAUUGUAGGACUUUACUUUUGACAACCUAUUUAGGUUACAUAACAAAUGUAGCAGAACUCAUAAAUAAACACAAUGUAAACCCAAAUGUAGCUGACAUCCAAGGAAACACCGCAUUAAUGUACGCAACAUGUGGUGAUCAAGUGGAUAUUAUAAGUUUUCUUGUGGACGCCGGAGCUGAUAUCGAUUGUUUCAAUGAUUCGUGCUGCACAUCAUUAGGAGUAGCUUUGAUGCGAUUCACUUGUGCCGUACAUGAUGUGCCGCCCAACUUAAUUCUUCAAAGUUUGCUCCCACCUCCUAUCGUACCACCUCCACGUAAGUACAAACUUUUCGGAACUUCGGUCCCUUUUGAAUGGCACCUCACGCGCGAGCUGGCAUGCCAAAGCACCGCUGUAACUUUAAUAAAGAGCUCGAGUAAGACAGUGCGAAGUCUCAGUCAAAAGAAAGUAAAAUCACUCAUGUCUAUCAAAGAUCAAAAUAUGGGAAGGAGAAAAACUGAAACAACGUCAGCGAAAGCCGAUACAGAAUACGAUUCUGAUGAUUCGUUAUCAGAAAAUAAGAAAGUAUAUAGUAAUGCAAACCGAGAGUAUACGAGUAAAGUUAAUGAUAUUUUCCAACAACCAAAUACGAAUAGUAUGGUUCCAUAUUUGUUUGAAAUCAACGACAUGAUUACGGAAGUUGAGGCUCUUGAAGAGGAACCAAAAAAAGUUCAGGAUAAAAACGUAAAGAAGGUUGUAUCCAAAGUAAUGAAAGACACGAUGAAAACCAGCAAAGAAUUGGUUUGGCCCAGUUCGGAUAAAGUUGAAUCCGAAAACAGUAUUGAAAAACUAAAACAUGAUAUGUUGGAAGAAAUGAAGCUGACUAUUUUAGAACUCCUUAGAAAGGGAGCUAAACCUCAAUUAGUUCGUUGUCCGCAACCUGCAUUAGUCAUAGCAAUUUCUAGUAAUUGCUCUGAUUUGAUUAAACAUUUAGUUAAAUAUGGGGCUGAUGUUAAUGAAAUUUAUCCACAGAUUCUUGGAUAUUCACCGCUCGACAUUGCAGUAUCAAAGCCGUUUACACUUGAAAAUUUAGAGAUUGUAAGAGCCUUACUUGAAAGUGGUGCCAAUGCUAAACGCUGCAUUUAUUACGAAGAUACUGACUCAUCAGAUAUAACUGUAUAUAAGCCAAAUAAACUAGGUCCUACACUUCUACAUGCUGUGCUUGCUAGAAAAGCUGAGAACGAAAAUGAGGAAGAGGUACGACAGCUAUUGCUAAAUCUAUUACUCGAUUACAAUUGUGAUCCAACAUUACAAUACAAGGGGCGGUCGGCUAUUGACUUAGUUAUGUCAACAAAUAUAACACUGUUCGAUGUUUUUAUACGAAAUCCUAAAACUGACCUCAAUUGUAUAAUCAAUGAUUUAAACCAGAACGUGUUGGUAAAAAUGUUUUGGAUUCCUUUCUUUAAAAACGUACCAAGCACAGAAAAAAUUCAAACCCUUACAAAUUUAUUACUCUACGGUGCUGAUCCUCUUCUUCCUUGCCAAAACGGACAAGAAAAAUAUGAAAAUAUUUUCGUUUUUGCUAAAAAUACAUUGUCUGAAUUAGAUAAUACUCAAGUGAAAACCUCCAACCAAAAAGGCAAAAAGCCUGAGAAGCCUAAGAAAGAUGAAAAAUUAACCACUAAAUCAGUAGGGAAGAUGGUUACUGAUGACAAGGAGGAUUAUAAGCAGGCUAUUGAACUUGUUAAAGAGUGUGCAAGACUUUUACAUAUCAGAUGGUUGGAAGGGAAAUUGAUUAAAGAGCUAAUUUGUACAAUAGAGAAAUUUAAACAUCGCCAAUGGAACAUGAUCCUAAAUGAAUGUAAAGGUAAAAAGCGUAUUGGCUUAUGGAUAACCCCGCAUCGUUGUCUCGAAAUCUGGAAUAUUCUGGCGGCAAAGAGGAAGAAAAUUUUUGGCGAUCAAAGAAUUUUGAAACAUUUAUUAUCCAUAGUGACGUUUUUAGCGUGGCGAUUUUAUAGUCCCAAAAAUAAUGAAUUUAAAGCUAGUUCGAAGGUUACUGCUAUUGUACGAGAUCUCGUUGAAAAAGAUGUUUUUUAUUUGCUUAAAGAAUAUAAAAAUACUAAUAAAGUAGCACAAGUGGAAAUGCAAUGGAAUUCUCAGUAUGUAAAGCCUGAGUUAGACCGAGAUAAUCAAAAGUUUUAUGUAUGCUUUGAGUGUGCAUUACCUUUGAAUCAAGAUAAAAUAUCAUGCAAAAUUUGUAAACUUGUAUCAUUUUGUUCAUAUGAAUGCAUGAAGGUGAAUAUAGAACGGAUUGGAUGCCAUCCUUGCAGUGAAGAUUUGAAAGCGAAAUAUUUCCAAAGCCCUAACUAUAGUUUGCCAUCCAGCGCCGAAAGCCUAAAGAACUAA